AUGAAUUUUAUGCAGUUAAGGUCCCCGGGGCCUAAGAGAAUUAUCAACUCUUCCGAAACUGUAUAUAUAUCGCCUUUGGCACUCAUAAAGAUGAUAAAGCACGGAAGAGCCGGAGUUCCGAUUGAAGUUAUGGGUAUGAUGUUAGGCGAGUUCACGGACGAUCUCACUGUCUAUGUGAAGGACGUGUUCCCUAUGCCGCAGCGAGGAACAGAGGCAAGCGUUGAAACGAUCGAUGAGCAAUAUCAAAGCGAUUAUAUUGAAUUGAUGCGCCAAACUGGCAGAAUGGAAAAUGUCGUCGGUUGGUACCACUCGCAUCCCGGUUUUGGAUGCUGGCUCUCUUCCGUCGAUGUCAACACACAAACGAUGUUCGAAAAAACCGACCAGCGCUGCGUCGCAGUCGUGGUCGAUCCCAUCCAAUCCGUGAAGGGCAACAUCGUAAUCGACGCGUUCCGCUUAUUCCCCAACUCUGCUAGCAUGCUUCCCUCAUCUCCGCUCCAAAGCACGAGCAAUCGCGGACACAUCGUCAAAGCCACCACGCAGCAGCGUCAGCGAGGCUGCGGCCGCGAGUUUUACCGUCUCCCCGUGCGCUGGGACAUCGAUCCGUCCGAGGAGGAGCUUCUGACGCGUCUGUCGCGGCCGCAGUGGCAUGAGGGAAUGCUCUGCCAAUCAUUUGAGCGGAAUGAGGAGCGGAAUGGACGAUUGGUGAGCGAGGUGAAGUCGCUGGUGCGAGAGCUGAAGAAUCGCGUGGAGGAGGAGAGCAAGCGAUCGGAAGAAGGAUUUGUGGGAGAAGUGGACCCGAACCGACAAUUAAAGGCCGAUGCGGAAGAAUUGUUGACGGGGAAUCUGAUUCAGGGAGUGAAUGCUACGUUGAGUGAGAUAUUGUUUUGGAGUGUUUGUUGGAUGAAAGGAGAGGGAUGGGAGGAUGGAUGUACAGGUGAAUGUUUUUUUUGUAGAAAUGCGCUGUGUGCGUGUAGGGAAUGGCGAAGUAGUGCUUAA